AUACCACUUGCGUUCCAAAAUCGCGACGCGCAUGUGACGGCCGUGUCUCACGGCAAGCGGAAAGAUCCCAACAUGAUGUCCAUCCCGGAACAGGAGAGACGCCGAACUUUGAGGCGGCUUUGUCUCAGCUGGCAGCCCUGCACAACCAGGAGCUGACCAGAGUGCAGGCGGAGAUGCGCUCCGAGAUCAAUCGCCUCCAGGCCUCGCUGGAUGAGGCGGAGGCGCUCAAGACCGCGGCGGCGGAGCCGCAUGCGCUGGCAGCUGUCAUCAGCGACAUAGCCAAGGAGAUGCAGCUUGAGGAGGGGGCAUGGUCAGUGGGCUUCCAUGAAGGCACCACGGAGGAGACGGAUCACCCGGAUGGCAUGCGAGCCUCUUUGAGCAGUGAGGCCGCCGCGCGGUUCGAGUGCCAGAAGGGGCUACUGACGUCCAAUAUGAACCACGAAGCGCUGGCAAAGCUCUACCGCAUGCAGGAGGACCGAUCAGCAAGAAGGAGAAGGCCAUUGGGGAGAUCUCCUCACGAGUUCGGACCAAGGACAGCAGACCGGCGGUAUCGAGAAUGCAAGAAAUCAGCUUGACGUGCCUCUUGAACAGCCGGUCCUUCGGCCUUUGCGUGGCCUCGAUGAUCAUCUUCAACUCCAUCCUCCUGGGCCUCGAUGUGCACCGCAAUAAGUCCCUGCUGGAGGAGCAGUUGAUUACCGUGUCCAGCGAGCUCUGCAACGGCUUCUUCUUCGUCGAGCUCAUGUUGCGCCUUUGGUGUUACAAGUCCAAGUUCUUCUGCGGCGAGGAGCAAGGUUGGAAUUUGUUCGACGCCUUCUUGGUUUGUGCCUCCGUGGUGGACGUGCUGUUGACUUAUUCGAGGGCUGCCAUGUCGCCGGCCCUGGCGGGCAGCAUGAAGAUGUUGAAGCUAUUCAGGAUCAUGCGGGUGUUCCGGGUCUUCCGGUUCUUCCGGCAGCUGGCGAACUGGGCCAUGAUGAUCAUGGACUCUUUGAAGUCCCUCUUCGGCGCUCUGAUCCUCCUAGGCAUCAUUGUCUACGUGUUCGCCGUGAGCCUGUCCAUGAACCUCUCAGAUUGGCUGAUUGCCCAGGAGAUGGCCGGGACCAACCAUGAGCUAAAGGAGCAGCUGGAGGUUUGGUUCGGCUCGCUGGGGAAGACGGUCUACACCUUGAUGCUUUCGAUCCUCGGAGGCGUCAGCUGGCACCAGGUGUGUGAUCUGCUCUUCGAGAUCGACGACAACCUCUCCGCGGGCCUGUUGCUCUUCUACAUCAUGUUCACCAUUUUCUCCGUCCUCAACGUGAUUACAGGUGUCUUUGUCGACUCGGCCAUCCAAACCACCAACUCCCAGCGAGACAUCCAGAUCGAACGCGAGCUGGAGCUGAAAGACGACUCCUUCCUGCGAUCUUUGAAGGACUUCUUCGAGGCCCUGGACACCGACGGCAAUGGCUCCAUCCAUCUAGAAGAGAUCAGAAUAAUGCUCCAGGACCCUACACUGGCAGCCUACUUUGCAGUACUGGGCUUUGAUGAAGUGAACGCGCACCAGAUCUUCCACCUGCUGGAUGACGACGAGUCUGGAGAGGUGAGCAUCCAGGAGUUUCUGGAUGGCUGCGCCAAGCUCAAAGGAGCUGCGCGCAGCAUUGACGUCCAUGCCAUCAUGCACCAGUGCAGGGCACUGCACCGCGAGCUGAACUUUGUGGCCAACCAGCUGGGGGUGGACAUGCAAUCCGCCAUGGCGCAAGCCUACAGGCAGCCCUACUGGUUUGGUCGCAGCUCGCAGGCCGUCGGGCGGGUCACCACCAUGCAGGGCGGGAUUACGGUCGCCUGAGAGCCCUUGGUGACAAGGGUUUCCCUCAGCUUCAGCUGGCGAGCUGUUUGUUUCGGGCCUGACGUCUGAGAUAGCCUCGCGACUGCAUGUUUUGACGUAGAACAGCCCGAGCAAUGCUCGUGAGCAUGAGAGUUUACAUCUGCAGAGCAGAUGCUUCGCCUGGGUAUGCACCAGCCUCGUUUCCGGGUGUGUUGCCUAUGACGGAAGCGCUUGCGCAACGGUCCAACGUCUCACCCGCCAAAUGUACUUGGCCUCAUGCUAGCGAGUGGCAGGGCAGCCUGCGUUGGUUUGGUCGCAAUUCGGCCAUCGACAUACUGCAUACCGAAUCUCGCAGUCUACGGGGGCAGUGGCUGAUCCAAACGGUAC